AUGAAGAGCCUCGUCGCACGCAUCUCUCCCUCCGCGCGGAGGACCACCUCCACAACAACACCUCGCUUCCUCCGCCCUUUCAGCACCUCCAGACACCACGCCGCCGACCAUGUAAGAAUAGUCGAAGUCGGGCCGCGCGACGGACUACAGAACGAGAAGAGCACGAUCCCACUGGACACAAAGCUGGAACUGAUCCGACGGCUGGCGCAGACGGGAGUCACGCAUAUGGAAGCGGGAUCGUUUGUGCCUGCGAAAUGGGUCCCUCAGAUGGCAUCCACGGCCGAGAUCCUGGAGAAGAUACUCACAGAUCCACCUCCUGCACCGCACGGCAUUGCAUAUAACUACCUCGUACCCAAUAUCCGCGGGAUGGAGAGUCUGGUGAAGAUAUUCCAAACACAGAACGCCCAGAAUCCGACAGGGCUGCCUACACCUCCUCCAUCCCCGUCGUUACGACCGGAGUCAUCUACCACCAGUUCGAAUCCGGAUGAAUUGUCUACAUCGGGGACGAGUCCUAGCACCACGUCCACCGGCGAGUCCACAUCCACAUCCGCAUCCACAUCCAAUUCAACAGAAAUCUCCCUCUUCGCCGCCGCAACCGAGACCUUCUCGCAGAAAAACACAAACUGCAGUAUCGCAGAAAGUCUAUCUCGAUGCCGACCGAUCAUCGACCUGGCAAAGCAACACUCGAUUCGCGUUCGAGGCUAUGUGUCCGUGGCACUGGGCUGUCCCUACGAAGGGCCCGACGUGGAUCCACACAAGGUGGCUGAAAUCACAGCCUCGCUGUUGGAAAUGGGCUGUGACGAGGUCUCCGUCGCCGACACGACGGGGAUGGGCACAGCACCGCGGACGCUGAAGUUACUCGAGACGUUGAAGGACGCGGGUAUCCUGAACGAGGAUUUGGCCCUGCAUUUCCACGAUACUUAUGGCAUGGCCUUGGUCAACACCGUGGUUGGGCUAGAACACGGUGUGCGAGUCUUUGAUAGUUCCGUUGGCGGAUUGGGUGGGUGUCCUUAUAGUAAAGGCGCCACGGGCAAUGUUGCGACGGAGGACUUGUUGCAUCUGUUGCAUAGCUUGGGCUGUGAGACUGGUGUAGAUUUGGUGAAGAUGGCCGAGAUCGGCGAGUGGAUUACCCAGAAGCUCGGGAGGAAGAACGAUUCGAGAGCCGGCAAGGCUGUGUUGGCGAGGUUGAAGGAUCAGUCAUAG